AUUUACUGUCAGUUGUCGUUUUGAGAUAAAAAAGAAAUGAAAUAAAAUUAUACAGUCUACAUUUAUUUGAGAAUCUUUUCUAAUCGUGAGAUAAGCACACACAGAAAAUGUUGCUCUCUCUGUGCUAAUUAUACGAAUGUCUAUACAAAUUGGGCACGCCUUAAAACUGGAAGUGUAUUUAAGAAGCGGAGACUGCGGGGUGAAAAAACGUUGUUCUUGCAGGCUCUGAAACGGAACAGAUGAAAUGUCAAUAUGCAAAUUAGAAAAGAUCAGUACUUCUAGUCAAAGUGAGGAGAAAGAAAGGGAUGAAACUGUUGCUGUUAGCGCUGUAACGGUUAGCGAUGCUUUCAAAUCACCUCAGAGAAACACAAGCAGAUCAUCUUUGGGGUCAAGCGCAACGCAGUUUAAAGUUUCGAAAAACCAUUUAGCUAUACCCGAGUCCAAAGUUCUCAAUGUAUGCUCACUAUGUGGAGAGCACGUUGAAGAUAGCUUAUUGGCAAAUAAAGAUGGAUCGCUUUCCAGCACGGUUUCCGAAGCAUCAGGAAAAAAUAUUAAGCAGCCAAAAGAUUCAACAACAAAUUUGUCACAGAGAAGCCAUCAUUUAGUAAAUCAUAGACCUACUGAUACAAGACCGCCUUUUUUAUACGAACAAUAUCCACUUAAACCUGCAUUGCUAUAUGAUAGUCCAUUGAGCUACGUGCGUGAUCCUUUAAAUCGUUUAGACCAAAUUGAUUAUUUCCCUCAAACCUCAUUACACUCACUCAUUUCGCUUUUGCCGAUAUGUCACUGCACCUCGGCGAAUCUUCCAUACGCCAAUGCUUCUGAUAACUCUCAGCAUUUCAAAUACGCACGACUUCAUAGUGGAGAAGAGGAAGACAGGCGUGGGGAAGCUGUUUUCAUUGCUGACGCGGCCUGGGAAACAAGAAAGGCAUAUGCGCCGGUGGAUAAAUCAGUGGAAAGUGUUUGUACGGCGUGUCGUCAUCCUGCAUUUAUAGCGCCACGUGAACCACAAUACUCACAUCCCCUAGAAACGCACAGUACAAAGACAGCUAUGAUUCCUCAAGAGAGGAAUAAAUUAGACUUGCACAGGCAAGAAAAUGUGGAAUUGUCAUUAUUUUAUAAUAAAGAUUACCGUCACAAGCAACCAAUUGCAGAGGAAAUACCACCGAUUCAAGUGCGAUCCAACGACAACACACCAUCCUUAAACUCUCACGAUCUAGAUUUUCAUGAUUCGGUACCAAUAUUCGAAGUAUUGUCGCGAAACGAUGUUGAGAAUUACUCGAAUGGGCUGGCUUUAAAACACAAAGAUUCCUUUUUACUUUACGAGAAAUUACGACAAAAGCGUAAACACUCUAAAUUGGUAGUUGGUGAAGAACAACCACUCAAUAAAUCAUCCGAUGAGGUUAUAGUUUUUGGCAGCGCUAAAGGUUUAAACUACAAGCUCCAAUGUUGGGAAGAGUCACGUAUUGAUUGGUUGUCGGAACUCGAACGUCGUCACGAGGUACGCAAACGGCGGCAGAAGCGCAUGGAGUAUCGGAAACGGAAACAGCGUGCUUCAGAGGGCUAUACUCGCCAGUGUUCUUGUAUUUGUCAACGCAUUCGUUCGUGGUUAGCUAAAUGGUAUACAUGAUGGAGAGAAAGAAAGACGUUCUGUAGUUAUGAUGGAAUGAAAUAUAAAGAAAGGAUAAUCGAAAGCCAAACUAUUGUAGAUUAGUUUUGUUAGAUUAUCUAAAUUUCAACAA